AUGACCGACGGCAAGAAACCAGACGCUGAAUCUUCGGAUCAGCCGUCUAAAUCACACCUCCAUCCAGCAUAUUCUGUCACUAACGUGCAAUCCAAAAUACGUACGUUAGAUGGCGUUAAGGUUACGUAUACCUCCUGGGUAAAAUUAUUCAAACUUCAUGUCGUCGCCUAUCAGGUUAUAGACCAUAUUGAUGGGACAGACCCACCCGCAGAAACAACACCUGAAUACCGGCAGUGGAAAGAAAUUGAUGCCCUGGUACUGCAGUGGAUUUAUAGCACCGUCUCUGACGACCUUUUGGGACGUGUUAUUGAUGCUGGCCCUACAGCGAUUAAAGCUUAG